AAAGGUUAACCAGGUGAGAGAAAAGGUAAAACUUGUUUUCUAUUUAUCUUAUUGGUGUUAUUUGAGAGACGAGAUUUAAUCAGGCGAAGAUGAGAGAAGUUAUUUUAACAGUUGAUAGAGUGAAGUGAUAGAGAGAGAGAGAGAGAGAGAGAAUCAUUUUCUCGGUUCUGUAUUAAUAGAAUUGAUUGUCAAUUAAAAAGAAGGAGAAUCCAAAUCAACGCUCACCUUCUAUUUGUGAACAUCGGGACAAUCAAUCGUCAACAAUCAACGUUUACAUGUUUACCUUCAUUUUCGGUGCCAUAUCAAGGGAUUGAUUGUGUUGUCUAUUUGAUAACCAGUUUGGUAACCAGGAAAAUCUAAAGUGACUUUUGUUGGACAAAUUGUUCUAUUCUCUCUCUCUCUCUCUCUCCUUUUAAUUCUUGGAGAUUAUCGUAAAUCUUACAUUCUCUCUGUCUGGUAAUCAAUCGUAAUCAUGGGUCGUAAGGUUUAUGUUAUCGGUGUUGGUAUGACCAAAUUUACCAAAUCAGGUGUUAACAAGCAACUUGAUUAUCCUGAUUUAGCUUGUGAGGCAGUUCGUAAUGCUUUGGCUGAUGCUUCAGUUAAAUAUGAAGACAUUGAACAUGCCUCGGUGGGUUAUGUUUUCGGUGACUCUUGUUGUGGACAAAAGGCUCUUUAUCCACUUGGUACUACUGGUAUACCAAUCGUUAAUGUUAAUAAUAAUUGUGCCACCGGAUCUUCGGCUCUUUAUUUAACAAAAUGCCUUAUUGAAGGAGGAAUUGUUAAUUGUGGCCUAGCAUUAGGAUUUGAGAAGAUGGAGAAAGGCAGUUUAACCACCAAAUUUAAAGAUCGUGUUACCCCAAUGCAAGAUCAUAUUAAUCUUUACUAUGAACUGUUCGGCCUUUCACCCGCUCCAAUUACUGCCCAAUUAUUUGGAUCAGCAGGAAAGGAGCAUAUGGCCAAAUAUGGAACCAAAGAGGAGCAUUUUGCUAAAAUCGCUCUCAAAAAUCAUAAACACUCAGUUAAUAAUCCAUUCGCUCAAUUUCAAACAGAAUAUCCAAUGGAGGAGAUUCUUAAUGGACCUAAGAUAUUUGAAUACCUUACACGACUUCAAUGUUGCCCCACCUCGGACGGAGCUGCAGCCGCUAUUUUGGCCUCUGAGGAGUUUGUCAAAUCUCAUGGACUUGAAAAAAAUGCCGUUGAAAUACUUGCCAUGGAAAUGGCAUCAGAUAUUAAAUCAACUUUUGAAGAAAAGUCUGCAAUCAAAUUGGUUGGAUUUGAUAUGAGUAAGAAAGCAGCGGAAAAAGCUUAUGCCAAAGCUGGAAUUGGACCUAAAGAUGUUCAGGUCAUUGAGCUGCACGAUUGUUUCUCAGCCAACGAAUUGAUCACUUACGAAGCACUUGGACUUUGUCCGAUCGGUGGAGCGGGAGCUUUUAUCGAUGCUGGUGAUAAUACUUACGGUGGUAAGUACGUUGUCAAUCCAAGCGGUGGUCUACUCUCCAAGGGUCAUCCACUUGGCGCAACCGGCCUGGCUCAAUGCUCUGAACUUUGCUGGCAAGUUCGAGGUGAAGCAGGUCAACGACAAGUUCCCGGUGCUAAAAUUGCCCUUCAACACAACAUUGGGCUCGGAGGUGCCGGAGUAGUUGCAUUAUAUAGACAUGGAUUCCCCGAGAAACUAAACAAACAAUUCUUAACCUCAAAACUGUGAUCAAAUCUCUCUCAUCAUUUUAACAAUUAACUCUCAUCCAAAAUUAAUCCAACUAAUCACAAUUAACCAUCGUCCUUGCAGGUUAUGUGUGCUCCAAAUUAAUAUAAAUCUUUAUAUAUCUAUCAUAUAUAAAUACACUGUUAUUUUUAAAAUUUAAAUUUUAACUAUUACAUUUUAACAAACCUAAUCAAUUCAAAUCAACUUUGGAGUUAAUUUACUUAUCAAGUAAAUUGAAUAAGAAAAGAAACUGAAAAUUUUGACAACUUUUUUCCCACUCCCAAUGAGAAAAAAAAUAAAAACAAUCCUAAUCUAAAACUACAAUCAACUAACAAUUAACCUAAUUUGAUUAACAUACAAGUUAACAUCUUGUUUACUCUAAUCUAAGUAUCAAACUCUUGAACAAUCAAUUUAAAUUGUUCACCAAUUA